AUGAUACUUGAUGCACAUGGACUUCCUGCAAUGGAUCGGAAUGGGAUGUCUGACCCUUAUGUGAAAUUAUGUAUUCUACCUGAACGAAAGCAGAAAUAUGAGACGAAAAUCAUACGAAACACACUGAAUCCCGUCUUUAAUGAGACCUUCCUGUUUUCAUUACCUUUCAACGAGCUACAAUCGAAAACGCUCAUGCUCACCGUCUACGAUUACGAUCGAUUAUCUAAAGACGACAAAAUGGGCGAAUUAUCGAUUCCCCUGGAAACGAUCGAUUUCGGUACAACCACGGAAAUUUCACGAUAUCUCUGCAAACCGGAGAACGAUGACGAUAGAGAAUCUCGGCUGGGCGACAUCUGCUUCUCGACCAGGUAUCGACCGGCUACCGGAACUGUCACCUUGACGAUAAUGGAAGCUCGAAAUCUGAAGAAAAUGGAUGUCGGAGGAUCGUCAGAAUACCUUCUCCUACUUUAG